GGCCUUUUCUUGUGUCCUGUUUGUUAAAGGCAUGCCGGCUACAGCAUUAAAGAGGGCCGGUUCUUAACAAAGGGAAAGAGAUAAAUGUAAAUAAGCUCACAUUUUCAGAAUGAGCGGUUUACUGUAAGCUGCGGCAGCCCAGAGUCUGCUACUUUGGGCUGGGCUAACCUUUCCCUGUUAAAAAAAAAAAAUAAUGGAUAAAAAUAUGCACUUCCAAAGUGCAAGUUACCCGUUUACAUGUUUAUUAGCUAAUUGUCUACAGGCAUGAGCACACUCUCUCAUCUAGCACACUCUUUUUUGGGGAGGAAAGUAUUUCCUACCAGUCCCUAGUCUCAGAGUGGUGAACCCCUGCAGCUAGCAGGCCUUCUGGAAAAAAUCCAUGGGUGACAGAAGAUUCAUUGACUUCCAAUUCCAAGAUUUAAAUUCAAGCCUCAGACCCAGGUUGGGCAAUGCUACUACCAAUAAUACUUGCAUUGUUGAUGAUUCCUUCAAAUAUAAUCUGAAUGGUGCUGUCUACAGUGUUGUAUUCAUCCUGGGUCUGAUAACCAACAGUGCCUCUCUGUUUGUCUUCUGCUUUCGCAUGAAAAUGAGAAGUGAGACCGCUAUUUUCAUCACUAAUCUGGCCCUCUCUGAUUUGCUUUUUGUCUGUACCCUACCCUUCAAAAUAUUUUACAACUUCAACCGGCACUGGCCUUUUGGUGACACUCUCUGCAAGAUCUCUGGGACUGCAUUCCUCACCAAUAUCUAUGGGAGCAUGCUCUUUCUUACCUGUAUUAGUGUGGAUCGUUUUCUGGCUAUUGUCUAUCCCUUCCGAUCUCGUACCAUUAGGACCAGGAGGAAUUCUGCCAUUGUGUGUGCUGGUGUCUGGAUUCUGGUCCUCAGUGGUGGUAUUUCAGCAUCUUUGUUCUCCACCACGAAUGUCAACAAUGCAACCACCACCUGCUUUGAGGGCUUCUCCAAAAGGGUCUGGAAGACUUAUCUGUCCAAGAUCACAAUAUUUAUUGAAGUUGUGGGGUUUAUCAUUCCUCUGAUACUGAAUGUCACUUGUUCUUCUGUGGUGCUGAGAACCCUCCGCAAGCCUGCUACUUUGUCUCAAAUUGGGACCAAUAAGAAAAAAGUGCUGAAGAUGAUCACAGUGCAUAUGGCAGUCUUUGUGGUAUGCUUUGUACCCUAUAAUUCUGUUCUCUUUCUGUAUGCCCUGGUGCGCUCCCAAGCCAUUACCAAUUGCUUGUUGGAAAGGUUUGCAAAGAUAAUGUACCCAAUUACCUUGUGCCUUGCAACUCUGAACUGUUGCUUUGACCCUUUCAUCUAUUAUUUCACUCUUGAGUCCUUUCAGAAGUCCUUCUACAUCAAUACCCAUAUCAGGAUGGAGUCCCUGUUUAAGACUGAAACACCUCUAACCACAAAGCCUUCCCUUCCAGCUAUUCAAGAGGAAGUUAGUGAUCAAACAACCAAUAAUGGCGGUGAAUUAAUGCUAGAAUCUACUUUCUAGGUACAAGAAUUGUCUUCUGGUCCAGAUAUAGU